AUGAACUCCCUCCGUCGCACCGCCCUCCGCCAAUUCCUCCACCUCCACCGCAUUCACCGCCAUCGUCGCUCCGACUCACUAACCUUCGGCGACGAGAUCGAAUCCCACAUCCUGCAUUUCGCGCCGACCCAUAAACUCGUGCUGCCGUCUACCCCGUCGUUGUUGUUGAUCGAGAAGUUAAAGGAGAGUCAUGGCGAUACGGGGGUGUGGCAAGCUGAGUUUGGUGCGAGUAUGCUUGAGCACACACCCCGUAUACCAUACGCUGGGACGCUUGAUGGGUUGGCGAGCGUGCAAAAAGACAUGCAGACGAGACGACUCGCCGUCAAAACCGUCUGCACCCCAUACACCCACUACCUCCCCCUGUCAACCCUCCCAAUCCUCUCCCCCGAAUCGAUUCCACCAGCGCAUCUCACACCCCUCUCCCCAACCCUCAUCACCCCUCUCCCGAAAUACCGUCAACGCGGCGAACUAUACACCGCGUCCUCCCGUGCCUCCACCACCGUGCCCUUGGCGUCAACGUGCUCGCACCACACCCGCCCGCCCCCCAAGGGUACCAUCGAGUUUCGUAACCCACCUGGGACGUUAAUCGGCGCAUUCAGCUGUGGCCUCCAAGUCACUCUCCAACUCGAAUCCAUGGCCGACGCAUGUCGCGCUCACGACAUCCUCCUCCCACUCGCACCGGUCAUGUUGGCACUAAGUGCUGCAAGUCCGUUUUUUGCGGGAAGGGUGGUUGGGGGGGAUACGCGGUGGGGGACGCAGAUGGACACGAUUCGGGUCGGGAAAGACACGGAGGGGGGUGGAGUGAGGCAGUGGGGUGCUGUCGAGCACUACCUCACCCGGUCUCGCCGUAAGCUAAACGACAUCCCAGCCUCCCCAAUCCUCCCCGACAUCGCCUCAGCUAUGGAAAAAGCCUCAGUGGACCCCGGCCUUGCCUCGACCAUCGGCCGCGCACUCUCCGCACCCAUAACCCUCCCCACGGACCUCAUCCCAACACCACCAUCGAACAACGAGAAGGAGAGUGACGAGACAUUUCAGACACUGUACACAACCUCAACAUACCCCACCACCCGCCUAAAACCACCUCCUCUCUCCGGUUCCUCAGGCUGGAAAGUCGAGUUCCGUCCCAUGGAUGUACAGCUCCGUGACAGCGAGAACGCCUCCCUCGUUACGUUCGUGGUGCUCGCGGUUUGGGCGGGGUUGGAGAGGGGAUGA